GUUCAGAUGGAUCCUAAUAGAGACAUCAAAUAUUCAACUUUGAAAGUUUCUGACACAGUUCAAUUUGGAGGAAUAAUGACAAAGGAUGAGUGCAAAGCAUUAGCCAAGAAAAUUAUGUCAAUAUAUGAUGGGGAUGGAAACGGUACAUUAGAUUCUUUUGAAGUUGGCUACAUUCAAUCAGAUUGUUAUAGGGCAAUGAAUAAAGGAUUUAAUCCAACUCCAACAGAUAUUGCUGCUUUUUCCAGAAUCAUCGAUAGUAAGAAUAAUACUAGAUCCUUUUAGGACGAUAAUGUGGCAUGGUUACUGAUAAAGAUAUAGAAGCUUUAUGUAUAAAAUACUUUGGAGGUAAUUUCGAUAGAAGUGAAAGAAGUGAAAGGGUAGUAGCUGAAUAAAAUAUAAGUUAAUAACGAACUUAUGAGACAAGCUCUUUUAAUAAAUAAGUAUCAAGCAAUCAGAAUAGCAAAGUCAUAACAGUUUAAUAAUAAACUACAAUUACAAAUUAAGUAUCAUCUAUUCCUAGUUCACCUCCUGUCAAAAACACAUACAGUUAAGUUGUGUAAGAGAGAUUGGAAGUGGCAAGAAGAAUCUUUAGAAUGUUGGAUACAGAAAAAAAUGGAUUCAUUACAGAAAAACAUGUAAGAUUAAAAGCAAAUAAUUUAGGUUCCUUAAUUGCUUUAGGAAACAUAUAAAUUAAUGGGAAUGUCAAUAGAACCAACACAAGAAGAUGUAGAAUUAUGGAUGGAGAUGGCUGAUGAAGAUAGAGAUGGAAAAGUGUUUUUAAAGGAUUAUGAAGCAUUAGUAAUAAGAAGUCUAAAAUAAUAAGGUAUUGUUUUAGAAUGA